AUGGCAUCAAACAGCCUGUUCAGUUCAGUGACACCAUGUCAGCAAAACUUCUUUUGGGAUCCCAGCACCAGCCGGAGGUUCAGCCCCCCCUCCAGCAGCCUGCAGCCCGGCAAGAUGAGCGAAGUCAGCCCGGUCGUAGUAGCCCAACAGCAGCAGCAGCAGCAGCAGCAACAAGAAGCGGCAGCCGCCGUGCCCAGGCUGCGCCCCCACGAUAACCGCACCAUGGUGGAGAUCAUUGCUGACCAUCCCGCCGAGCUGGUCCGCACCGACAGCCCCAACUUCCUCUGCUCCGUGCUGCCCUCGCACUGGCGCUGCAACAAGACCCUCCCGGUGGCAUUCAAGGUGGUGGCCUUAGGAGAAGUGCCUGAUGGGACAGUGGUCACUGUCAUGGCUGGAAACGAUGAGAACUACUCUGCAGAGCUGCGAAAUGCUUCUGCUGUGAUGAAGAACCAGGUGGCCAGAUUUAAUGACUUACGAUUUGUGGGCAGAAGUGGAAGAGGGAAGAGCUUUACUUUGACAAUAACUGUCCUGACAAAUCCCCCCCAAGUUGCUACAUACCACAGAGCUAUAAAGGUUACAGUGGAUGGGCCAAGGGAGCCAAGAAGGCACAGACAGAAGCUUGAUGACUCUAAACCUAGUUUGUUCUCUGAACGCCUCAGUGAUUUAGGGCGCAUUCCUCAUCCCAGUAUGAGAGUAGGGGUCCCGACUCAGAGCCCACGGCCCUCUCUGAACUCUGCACCAAGUCCUUUUAAUCCACAAGGACAGAGUCAGAUUACAGACCCUAGGCAGGCGCAGUCAUCCCCACCAUGGUCCUAUGACCAGUCUUACCCAUCCUACUUGAGCCAGAUGACUUCACCGUCCAUUCACUCCACAACUCCCUUGUCCUCCACUCGAGGUACAGGACUUCCAGCCAUUACUGAUGUGCCCAGGCGCCUCUCAGGUGCUUCAGAGCUGGGCCCAUUUUCAGAUCCCAGGCAGUUCACAAGCAUUUCAUCCCUCACUGAGAGCCGCUUCUCCAACCCACGAAUGCACUAUCCAGCCACCUUUACUUAUACACCGCCAGUCACCUCAGGCAUGUCACUGGGUAUGUCCGCAACCACUCACUACCAUACCUACCUACCACCACCCUACCCUGGCUCUUCCCAAAACCAAAGUGGACCUUUCCAGACCAGCAGCACUCCAUAUCUCUACUAUGGCACUUCGUCGGGAUCAUACCAGUUCCCCAUGGUGCCAGGAGGGGACCGCUCCCCUUCCAGGAUGCUUCCUCCAUGCACCACCACAUCCAAUGGCAGCACGCUGUUAAACCCUAACUUGCCCAACCAGAGUGAUGGUGUGGAGGCGGAUGGCAGCCACAGCAGCUCUCCAACCGUCUUGAAUUCUAGUGGCAGAAUGGAUGAGUCUGUUUGGAGGCCAUACUGA